GUGCGCGCGCGCAGGGCCACACUGUCAAGUGUAUUUCUUGCUAUUGUUUGUGGUUUGUUUUUGUUGAUUAUUUUAAGGUAGCAAUUGAAUGCCUAGCUGCUUUUGUUCUGGAUCCAGAUCCAUUCUGAUUUACUGUGUAAGCUCCAGGAACUGGUUCAGCCUCCCCAGGCUUCGGAUUCUGUGAAAUGGGUUAGCAGUGCCAGCCCCACCCAACUUACAGGGAUUUGGCAAGCCUAAAUUGGACUGACUUUGCAACUGUUAUAGGACAUUAGAAAUGAGACUCGAUUAUCUUUUUCAUUGCAGGGGGAACUUGGGGGAAAUUUAGGGGAAAGGUAACAAUAGAAGGAAAAAACAGUUGAUUUCUAUCCCUUCACCAGGGAAACUUCCUCUGAAACCAGCCUUCAUAGGACAGUUGGGUACCCUAAUCCCUCUGGAAACAGCCUGUGUAAAUGUCUGGAUGGUUGGUCAGCUGAGGGAAGGGAAGCAGGCAUUCAGGAAACCUCCAGCUCUGUGGUCUGAGGCUGCGAGCAGUCCCUGGCCCCAGGAGACACUGUCUGGGUGCAUGCCGAGUACACCAUGAAGAGCGGGUGCUGGGGGAGGUAAUUAUUCACGCAUCAGGAGAGAUCCAACUCUCUGUCUCUUCUGCCUGGAACGAGCUUCCGCCAGAGAGGUGCUUCCUCCCUGUCAGGGCUUCAUCUCUCCUGGUCAUUCAAACCCUUGGGGGCUUCCACCCUGGUUCGCAUGUGUAUAAGCAUCUGCUUCUAGGUGUUGCGACGCUUUGUGUACAGUUUUUAGCUUUUCAGCUAGAUGAUGGCUGUUUCCACUGCUUUCUGCACGUCCCUCCACCAUGGGAGACCAAGGACUGGGUGCAUAGUAGGUAAGCUGGUGAAACACCCUCCGGGAGCAGGGGGCUAGCCCACAGCAAAGCCUAGUGGCCCCUGUGGUGGCAUCUUGGAGGUCUGGAGGCUGCAGCGGGUUGCUCAGGGGUGACCCUGACCAAUGGUUGGAAAGUGAUGGAUAAAGGAAAAUUGAGACCAAAGUUUAAAGCCCAAUCUGCCAUAUCCCAGCUGUGGACUCUCCAGGAGGCUGGCUCACCGCUGACCCUCAGUGUUCUCAUUGGUGACAUGAAAUGUGUGUACAGAACUGUGCUUGGUUAGCAGAGAGCUCCAUGCAGAUGUGCCUCAGGUUUUCCACUUCAAAACACUUCUGUGUGCAACAUGGUGUUCAGCUUGUGAUGAUGAAAGUUCUUCUGGACUCCAGGUAGAUAGAUUCCAGUGGAUGAGUAGACAGAUGUCUUCCUGGAAAGACACAGCUUCCCCUGGAGGCUGCUCACCCUCAGAAGUGGCAGGAGUGUGAGCUGGCUGUGAUGGGACUCACUAUCCAGCUAAGGCAGCCCCAGAGAUUCCUCCUCAUUUCCCUACUUUUGUUAGUGACCUCACUGCUCCAGCACCCAGCCUCAAAAUCCACACCCAUCUACCUGUCCACGCAUCCUCUCCAACUGUCUCCUUCUCCACCUGCCCCUCACUCAUCAGCACACCCCUCAACAGAUCUAUCUGUUCAUUUGUCUGCCCACUCACCUACAUUCCCACCCAUUCAUUAACCUGUACCUCUGCCUCCCACCCCGCACUCAACUCACUUAGCUCUCUACCCACCUAUCCAUCUAACAAGUAAUUUUGGAGAGGUUUGAGGACCAGGCAUUGAAGAACCUCUCCAUUUCCCUUAUCUUUCACUUCCUUUCUAAUUUGUUGGCGUUCUAUACAGCUUCUUGUCUCCUCUUUGGCCGUGUCUGCCUCAUACUUAUGUUCUCAUGCCAAGCCACUUUCAGUUCCCCAAAGGUACUCAUAUUUUCUCCCUCUUGCAUUUAGUGGCACACACGCAUUUUCCACAGGCAGAAACUCCCCACUGUUUGGGCCGCCCUUCCUCUUUCUCUUAGCCUUAGUCUGGCUGUCGCUGCUCAAGAGAGCUUCCCUCACUGCAUUAGGCUACUUCCAAAGAACUCCCACAAAAAUCCCGUGCUCUUCUAGGAGGUUACUUCAUUGAUCUGUUCUUCUUCGUGGGAAUAAAACGAAGUUGGCUGUUAGAGCCAGGGUAUAGUGUAAUGCCUUCCAUACAGUGGACAUUCAGUGACUGUUCUAGGAAGAAUGUUUGGAUAGAUGGAUAUGGGUGGGAGGCUGAGUGGAUGGAUGGAUGGAUGAUGAAUGGAUGGAUGAUGGGUGAAUGGAUGAUGGAUGGAUGGAUGUGGUGGUAUUGUGUUCCCCAAAAUAUUGUGCACUCUAAUAAACUUAUCUGGGGUCAGAGAACAGAACAGCCACUAGAUAUAGAGGCUAGAAAAUGGUGGCACUCACACCUUUAAUCCUAGCCUUCUGGAGGCAUGGAUCUCUGUGAGUUCAAGGCCACACUGGAAAUAGCCAGGCAUGGUGACUCACGCCUUUAAUCCCAAGAAGUGAGCCUUUAAUCCCAGAAAGUGAGGGCAGAAAGCAGAAAGGUAUAUAAGGCGUGAAGACCAGAAACUAGAAGCUUUUAGCUGGUUAAACUUCAGGCUUUCGAGAAGCAGUUCAGCUGAGAUCCAUUCUGGGUGAGGACUCAGAGGCUUCCAGUCUGAGGAAACAGGAUCAGCUGAGGAACUGCGAGGUGAAGAAGCUGUGGCUUGUUCUGCUUCUCUGAUCUUCCAGCAUUCACCCCAAUACCUGGCUUCAGGUUUGAUUUUAUUAAUAAGACCCUUUAAGAUUUGUGCUACAGAUGGAUGAUAGAUGGAUGGAUGAUGGGUGGAUGGAUGAUGGAUGGAUGGGUGGAUGGAUGGUUGAUGGAUGGAUGAUGAGUGGAUGAAUGGAUGAUGGGUAGAUGGAUGGAUGGAUGGAUGAUGGGUGGAUGGAUGGAUGAUGGGUGGAUGGAUGAUGGAUGAUGGGUGGAUAGGGAAUGGAUAGAUGACUAAGUGAGUGAAUAGGUGAGUGGGUGGAUUGGUGAAUGUUUGGACAGUCCCUGUAUGACUUGGUUAGAUUUGUGUUUUGGAAGAUGGUGUUUAGGUGGUGAGUCACAGACAUGAACCUAACUUAAGGCAAUUGCACUGACUUCAGGAAGGAGGUCUUGACCAAGCCAAUCUCAGGUGCUGGUGAGAUAACAGAAGAGAGGAGCGAGGCUUUUAAAAACCUAGGAGUUGGAAAUUCUAGAAGUUGGCAGUUGACUUAAAGCCAUGAAGGAGGAACGAAGCUAAAGGCCAUCCAUUCAAGGGGUUCGCCUACCACCAAUGAUGAACAGAUCUUGAUACACUUGAGUUACCUUCUAGACACAAGAUGCCAAUAGAGAGAUUGACUCCAUCUCCAAGCCCAUGAAGGCUGAGGCCCCUUCUGGCCCAAAGAUGGGGAACAUCACUACAGACAACUCCUCACUAACCUGCCCCAUCGACCACACCAUCCACCAGACACUGGCCCCGGUGGUCUAUGUGACUGUGCUGGUGGUGGGCUUCCCGGCCAACUGCCUGUCCCUCUACUUCGGCUACCUGCAGAUCAAGGCCCGGAAUGAGCUGGGAGUGUACCUGUGCAACCUGACCAUUGCAGAUCUGUUCUACAUCUGUUCACUCCCCUUCUGGCUGCAGUACGUACUCCAGCAUGACAACUGGUCCCAUGGGGACCUCUCCUGCCAGGUGUGUGGCAUCCUCCUCUAUGAGAACAUCUACAUCAGCGUGGGCUUCCUCUGCUGCAUCUCCAUCGACCGCUACCUGGCUGUGGCCCACCCCUUCCGUUUCCACCAGUUCCGAACCCUGAAGGCGGCCGUGGGUGUCAGCGUGCUCAUCUGGGCCAAGGAGCUGCUGACCAGCAUCUACUUCCUCAAGCACAAGGAAGUCAUCGAGGACGAGGACCGGCACCGAGUCUGCUUUGAGCAUUACCCCAUCCAGUCCUGGCAGCGUGGCAUCAACUACUACCGCUUCCUGGUGGGCUUUCUCUUCCCCAUUUGUCUGCUGCUGGCCUCCUACCAGGGCAUCCUUCGGGCGGUGCGCCGUAGCCACGGCACACAGAAGAGCCGCAAGGACCAGAUUCAGCGGCUGGUGCUCAGCACUGUGGUCAUCUUCCUGGCUUGCUUCCUGCCCUACCACGUGCUGCUGCUGGUACGCAGCCUCUGGGAGGCCAGCUGUGAGUUUGCCAAGAGCAUCUUCAACAUCUACCACUUCUCCCUCCUCCUCACCAGCUUCAACUGUGUAGCCGACCCGGUGCUGUACUGCUUCGUCAGUGAGACCACUCACAGGGACCUAGCCCGCCUCCGAGGAGCUUGCCUCGCCUUCCUUACCUGCUCCAGGACAAGCAGGGCCAGGGAGGCCUACCCGCUGGGUGCCCCUGAGGCCUCUGGGAAAAGUGGGGCCCAGGGCGAAGAGCCUGAAUUGUUAACCAAGCUCCACUCAGCCUUCCAGACCCCUAACUCACUGGGAGGGGGAGGGUCGCCCACAGUUGGGUUGGCCUAACUUAAGUCAUCUGUAUGUGAGGCUUGGUUAGGCCUGAGCUAUCACCAACAGGCCUUGUGGUCUGGAGCUUGCCUGGUGGCUGUCUCCCACAUUGCCAUGUACAGGUGCCUCUUUCCUCAGGAAGGAAAUGUGGUCUUGGGCCACAGCUAGGGCCCCCUGGUCCAUGGAAGCCCUGUCUUCUCUCAUGUUCUCUGCUGUCACCUGUCACCAGGUGGGACAGAGUCAGAAUUGUCACUCCCAGGAGGUUUGCAAAGAGCAGCGGGGCUGGAGUGUGGAGGAGGAGAGUAGGAACCAGGGUGUUCACCUGCCAAGCCUUCCUGCGCCCCUGUCGUCACACGUGAUACCAGUCCAAAUGUGCUGUGGUCUCGUGUGAUACAGGAAGCUGUGUUGUCACUACUAAUGCUUGAGCUCACCUCUAUAACAAGGCUAGAGUGGAAGACUGGUUCAGGUGAAGAAUGGGGGUGGGGCUUGGGGGACUGCUGUGGGUAGGGCAGGAAUAGCAGCAGAGUGGCGGUCUGGGGAGAAGCCCCAGGGCCAGACACAUCUCACUUUUACAGGGCUAACUGAACAAAUUCACCAACCCCAAGGGCUGAAGGCAAAUAAACAAACCUCAAGGCUCCCUGGGGAGAUGCCAGGGGCCCUUCAAAACGUUCAUCCUAAAACUCAAGUAAGAGGACUUGGGCCUGAAGCUGUGUCCCUAGCCAAGUUCCUGACGUGGGCUUUUCUUAACUAGUUUUUUGUUUCCAUCUGCCCAGAGUGCUAGACCUGAGAGCCCCAGGGAAGAGAGAGAGGGAGAAUAUACAAAUGGCAGGCUGUCCAUGGCAACUGUGUGCCAAGACAGUUACCCGGGUCAUGUGACUGCUGCCAGUGACUCCUACCCUUCACCCCACACACUAUAGAGCAUCCAGCAGCCUUUGAGAGGAGUGUGGCAGUUUCCCAGAGUCCCUAGGUACAACCAAACUAACAAAACAUACACAUCGUCAUGUCUCUUGACCACAGGUCUGGGCUCAAGCUCCACUCUGGUAUAAGUAGUUCUUGUGAGAGAGUUGCCAGAGAUGGCUGCACGUCAGAGAGACCCACACCUACCCCAGCCUAGGACCUUGUGGGGCAAUGGUGACCGCUGAGUGUUCUGCCCCUCUUCAUUCCACAGUAUUUCCCCCUGUUUUGACCUGCAACUCUGGAUUCUUACUGGCAUGGACUGGAACAAGCUGAGCCUGGCUCCCCUUACUGUGGAGAGCUGUAUUUUUGUAUUGUCAUCUCUCUUAUGCCAAGUGUCCCUGUGUUGGACUAUGAGGUGGAUUUAUGUAGUGACUUCAGUCUGCAAAUAAAACAAAGUAACCAAUCACA